UCAUUGUAGAUUUUGAUGAAGCAUGAUACUCAUUUUGACUUUAGUCUGAUUUUGAUUGAUUGGUGAUCCAAUAUGGCUGUUCUGUUUUCUUAUUGAAUGACUCAGUUUUUACUUCCAGGAUCUUUAGCCCACCAUCAUCAGACGAUGGGCUAUUCAAAUUGCCAUUGUUCGUGGUCCAUCCCUCCCUCAGUCGGGUCGUCCGUAAACAAAAUAACAAUACUUAGUCAGAACCAUCAGAUGAACAUGCGUACCAAGUUUCAUCGAAUUCUACCUGGAAUUUAAAAAAACCCACUAAUGCUACAUUUCAUAUCGCUUAUUGAUUUGAUACAAUUAUGGGUUGAUACAUGUAUAACUAUAUAAAUAGGGGUUGUCAUAAGCCUUCCUAAAUGAUAUAAUGAUAUUAUAAGAGGUGCAAUUUUGUUGCGAUUUGAUUGCUUAUUGAGGUUUGUAUAAUUAGUUGUUAUUGUUAUCAUUAGCGGUUUCUAGGCUACUCUACCUCACUGAAACGCAAUGCCGAAGGCACCCAACACUGCAUUCCUCCCGGUCACAUUACACCGAUAACGAGUAUACCAGUUGUUGCCAGUACCCAAAAUGCUAAACGUUGAACAGAGAAUAACAGCACCCAUUCUUAAGAACUAUGUUAUGUCCCGGCCUUGUGACAGAUCCCCGCUUUGCCUUCCUCACCUGUGCAAACGUUUCAGAUUAAAGUCAAAAGUGAGGUAUUGCCAAGCAAGGCUCUAGGAAUUAAAAGGUAGUCACAUGUAGAAGAAGGGAGAGACAUACAAAUCCAAGCAGAUUUGUUUGGGUCGCUUUUCUGUCCCUAAGUAGAGGACACAAAAGUAAAUUUCCUAUUCUACAGGAGGGUUCCCAUAUUAGUCGCCUCUUACGAUACAUGUUAAAUGCACCACUUUGCCUGACUCUAAAAAAAAUGUGCAGUUAAGAUCAUUUCAAAAAUAUCAAGAAAUCAAAGUUAUUUAAGUUUACUAAAACAACAUUGUCAAUUGAUUGAAAAAAAAAAUCCUUGAAUUAUAUAUACUCAACUGGUUUGGCUCGAAUCGGUAGUUUCUAUUUUUGCAUGCUCAUUACAGGUAUUUCAACAACAUCCAGACUAUUUGUGGUAACCUGCAGCGCUUUGGGAAUGUCGAUGACGGCGGAUGGGAUGUGUGUUUAGACAAGGGCCUUAUACGGAAAAAUGAUUGCCUAGUGUAUUCAUUUGGAAUCAAUUUCGACUUUAGUUUUGACGAUGCCAUUUCUGAACAAUGGGGAUGCAUGGUACAUUCGUUUGACCCGAGUAUGGACACCGACAGUUAUAAACGGAGCUCCAAAGUAUAUUUCCACAACCUUGGACUUUCGAAUUUUAACGGAACAACACCUGACGCCCAUUGGAAGAUGUUGACAUUCCAGGGACUGAGACAAGCAUUAGACCACCAGAAGGUCCUUCCAGAUAUCAUCAAAAUGGACAUAGAAGAUUGGGAAUGGCAUGUCAUACCGGAAAUGUUGGCUUCGGGAUCUCUAAACGAUGUAAAACAGUUCCUGGUGGAGUUUCACUUCUCUAACGUGCCGGAGGCAGAUUCAGAAGGGUUUUGGAUAGCAAAAUUCUUUCUUCUAAAAGAACUAUAUGCAAUGGGAUUUAAGAUAACGUGGGCCACUAGAAACUUACUGAAUGUUUGGAGAUCCCGUAUAACAGAAAGAGACAUUAUAGGUUGUUUCGAGGUAACUUUUAUAAGGAUACAACGAGAAGCAGUGUUGCUGUGAAGGAGGGCCGCCCGUCUAAUCAGUAUAAAAGGACUGCAUAUAUACCUCAUCGUGAUUGUAUUUGUCCACAGAGAAAGAGAGAGGCAUUUAACUUAUUUUAAACAAGAUCUGUCGUCAUCUGGCGUCCGUCGUGCGUAACAAUUUUACACUGAAAGCUUGUUGAACUACAAGUAAGGUGGUUUCGAUGAUUUUUGAUAGAAAUCUUAUCAACAUCGUCAUAAAGAAGCACUUUAAUUUUUGUCGUUGAUCAGAAAUCCUGUAUGGCCUUUCAGAGCCGCCAUACAAUAGUUAAACUUGGGAUUUUAUUUGCCGAUUUCACAGGACAUCGGUAAGGACAAUCUGCCGACAGUCAUGAUGGAGUGUUGUUAUAUAUUUGGGUUCAUCAGAAGUUCAUUAUGGUAACCACAGCUGUCACUUUGAAAUCCUACUUCAAACUAAAAUUAAAAUUCUAAUUUGUUAAAUUAACUGAAAUUUGAAAGGAAUGAUCUACUGAUAGUCCUGACAACAUUUUGUUCGAUGUAUUUCUUUGGUAAGUGAGAACUCUAGCAAGGAGGCCGACAUUUGAAAGUCUUAAAGAGAAACUGAAAUUUAAAGUUUAGAUAAAACAUAGUUAAUAUAAUCUGCUGACUGUUCCAACACACUUUAUUCGUAUUCAAUUCAAUCAAAAUCCAACAUGGAUGCCGAUUUGUAAACCUACAUGUAUUUAAACUUUGAACUAAAGUUUGUAAAGGUCGAUUGCACUCCUACUUUGUAGAAAUGGUCUAGACCAAGUGUGGUUGUUUUGUGUUUUCUCAAGAAACCCUUUAAGACUGUACACUGACAGCCAUUUUCAAAACAUUUUUAAAUUUGUUUCGGAAUUGAUAGAUAAUCACUAUUUUGUUUUUUUCAUACAUCAUAAUUUUCAGCUCACGUUUCAGAAAGUACAAGUCAGAAAAUGUUAAGGCUGUUGAACUUCUUGUAUGAAGUAUUGGUUUAAUACGACGCAAAUUUAUCUCGCAUACGUUUCUUUUUAUUGGAAAAUGCGUUUUAUACUUUGUUCUGUUUUCUGUCUUUUUAAAAAUUUGAUUGUUACAAAAACACGUUUGUGUAUAUGUCCGUCCGUUAAUGAAGGUUCAAAGUGAUCUCCAAAUGUAGUAUUUCUAAACUUGUGAUACAUGUUACUGAAAUAGCUCAUAUAUAAACCAUUGUGCCACCCUUGUAGGUGGGGGGAUCGGGAAAAAACACCUGCUGUUACCAUGUGCAUGUAUCGUAGGAGGCAACUAAUGAGGGAACUCCUUGCAGAAUUGGGGAUUAGCUUUGGUGUCCUCUAUUUUGGGACACAAAAGCGACCAUAAUAAAUCUGCUGCGCCCA